AUGCCAUUCAGAGAGAUAUUUUCCAUCCAAAGGGGGAAUUAUAAGAACUAUGGUCCAGAGGCGUUAGAUAAUGCUUACCAAGCAGUAAAAGGGGGGAUGAGUGUACAUGGUGCUGCAAAACGGUUUCAAGUUCCCUUGACAACUUUAAGAGAUAGAGUGGAUGGACGAAUAAAUAUUGAUGUAGCAUCAUCGGGACCUCCACCUCUGUUUACCCAGGAACAGGAAUCUUACAUAGUGGAGCAUGUAAAGACAAUGUCCGAGAUAGGGUAUGGAUAUACCCGAGCAGAGGUGUUGAACCUGGCCUCUGACUACGCGGUAGAUCUUGGUAUAAGGGAAAAGGGGAAAGAGUUAACCAUGAAAUGGUAUUACAACUUUAUGAAGAGGUGGCCGGAGCUUCAUACAGUAAAACCCUCAGGGUUGUCAGAGUUAAGAGCGAAAGCAGCAUCUCCAGAAUGUAUCAGGAAGUACUUUGAAGAGUUGAACACCAUCAUUAACAGGUAUGGACUAGGAGAUAAGCCUCAACUUAUAUUCAAUGUUGAUGAAAAGGGAAUAAAUACUGGUGGGUCAAAGCCUCCAAACAUUGUUGCAGCAAAGGGGAUGGCAGCUCAAGUUGUAACAUCUGAAAGAUCUCAAACAAUUACUGUUAUUGGGUGUGGGAAUGCAGUGGGGUGCAGUAUUCCUCCAUUUCUGGUGUUUCCAGGUAAACGGUUGUUACCUGAAUUAUUGGAUGGUGCAACCACAGGCUGUGAUGGGGCAAUGAGUGACACAGGGUACUCCAAUACUGAAAUUUUCAAUAAUUAUGUCAAAAAUCAUUUCACCAAAUUCGUCUCUGGGAAACCCGGACAGCCAAUUUUGCUUCUGUAUGAUGGUCACAGAAGCCAUACAUCUCUUUCAUUAAUCCAGUGGGCCCGUGAAAAUAACAUCAUUCUGUUUGUCCUCCCGCCUCACACGAGUCAUCUUUUACAGCCAAUGGAUGUUGGCUGUUUUGGUCCAUUUGAGACUCUGUAUCAGCAAUAA